GUAGAGCCUCAUCCCGCUUUCUCCGCUAAUCGACCCACCUCACCACCAACCACCAGUUUACCAUCGCUUUUCUCUCGUUAUUUCCACUCUUUUUAAGGUGUCCUAGCCUUCAUUUUUCCGCUCCUUACCAGAAAGCGCCACUCCAAAGAAGGCUCGUUGAGGGAGUAUCCUAAACCAUGUCUGGAUACCCGUAUUCCUCCAGUGAGCAGCCCAACUAUGCGUACAAUGCAUCCGCUUCCAGCUACUCCAGCACGGCGGUACCGCAAUACACUCAAGCCCAGAUCGAUCAAUACUACCAACAGUACCAGCAAUAUCCACCUCAACCAUAUCAGGUUAUUCAGUAUGACUACGGGUAUAGCAGGCCAGCAGCCACAGGCUACCAACAGCCUCACGUAGCUGUUCAAGGCACUUACGGACAAGGUGCGAACACUACCUCUGGCUACUAUGCCUCUCCGGUCAACCAAGGAGGAACUGGAAGUGGUUCUACAGAUACAUCUAGGAGCAAUAGCCGUGGAAGGACAUGGACAUGCGAUCUUCCCAAUUGCACAUCGACAGCCAACUUCACACGCCUCGCAGACCUCCAACGCCACCAAUCCACCGUGCAUGGCAUGGGCCUCCCCGAAUUCCCCUGCACGGUGGCUCGAUGCACUCGUGUUGGCGAUAAAGGAUUCACUCGGCGAGACCACUUGGUAGAGCAUCUACGCAACUUCCAUCACCUUGAUAUCCCGAAACGAAAAGCUGGCGAGCGAAGUGCAAACCCAUCAGGCGCACCUUAUUAUCCGUCUUAGAUGUUGGGCAGACCCUCGCAACACUGCAAAGACGGACAGAAUAUCAACCUACACUGCCAAAUAUGGAUAUAUCGUGACGCGCCCUGCUGGUCCGCAGUAAGGCAUAUUUGAGUGGGGCCGGGCGU